ACCACAACAAAGAUGCCGCUCAACUUGUUCGGAACAAGCUUUUCUCCGGGGAAAUCACCUCCCAGACGGUCUGUGUCCCUGUCCAGUCUACGAAGGGAGAGUGAUAAAUCAGGCCAAGAUCUCUCGCAGGAAUUCAACAAAAUAAAACUGAAUAUUGGUGGUCAAAAUGCUACGUUCGAGGAUGGAGAAUGGGUGUCAGAGGGAAAUUCAAAAGGUCGUGUCAGUAAUCGAGAGGUGGCACGCCUUCGUCAGCAGAACCAAGUGCUCUUGGAAGAAAACAACUUACUUAAGUUAAAGGUGGAACUUCUUCUUGACAUGUUAACAGAAAAGUCAGCAGACACUUUGAUUAAAGAAAAAGAAAUUAUGCGGCUUAAGUCAAGAUCAAAGGAUGGAUGAUAAAUGGGAUACCCAGUAUGUUGUUGAUACUGCUCUUUUGGGGGUCAUUGAAGGCUGCUUGUAAAACUUGAGUUUUAAUAAUGAAAAAAUGUUCUGGUAGGAAACUUCCACAGUCACAUAUCAGUUACUGAAGUAAAAUUGGCUAAUACUGUUUUCCAGAGCCAUAAUCGGAAAAUAACCUCUUCAGACUUUCCAUAUUCAAUAAGUACUUUGAUAUCAUUAGAUUUACAUGCUGCCUGUAUAGCUGGUCAAACUGGUAUAUGUUUUAUGCUGUAUUAAAUUUUCAAGUUCAUUGGAAUCUGGGCUUGUUUUCAAGUGUCUCUGUGGCUUAACUGGUUUUAUGUAAUUAGUACCUUUAUAACCAAAAAGAUAUUUUAUG